UCCCUUGUUUCAAAUUUUUAUUUUGCAUACUUUAAGUUAAAAUAAUAUUGGCCAACAGCGGAGCUUUAGUUGGUCGUGACGUCAUCGCGCUUGAUGAAUGGAAUUGUGGGUAAAAAAGGUAGACCGUUGUUUACCAUGGCGACCAGGACGCUUGUGGCUGUUGCUAACAGAUACAAAGUGCCUCUAACAAUAUUUCUGUUAAUAUACCUGGAUUUACUUAAUUGCCAGCAGUACGCAAUUCCAUUUAAAUCUCCUUCAGAUUGUACGGAUGAAGAAUUUUUCGAUAUCUCGAGUCUUUCGUGUGUGAGGUGCGGUCCAAAUCAGCGACGGAGUACAACAGGACUAAGCUGCAUUUGCAAGACUGGGUACCAAACUCUCACCUCUGACAAGGCAUCCAUUACCUGUCAAAAAUGUCCCGCUGAUAGACCUGCUGUAACUAAAGAUGGGUUUGGGUGUAUUGGCUGUCCAACCCGUGUCAAUGAUGAGGGGAAGUGCCAGUGUCCAGCCAGCAAUGUCCUGGUGGAGAGAGAUGUCAAUGGAAACCUUUUUGAUGUGGCCAGGUGUGAAAUGUGUAAUGAAAACUCCCCUAGUUUGUCUGUACCAAACAUCAGUGGAGAUAGGUGUGAGAGAUGUCAGGCUUCCUUCGUUAACACCUCCUGUGUGUGUAGCUCUCCUAAUGUCCUGGCAGGAGGAUUAUGCCUUCCUCCAAGCAGCCUCUCCACCAAUGUGAACCCAAGUGUCAACUAUGCUCAGUUGAAGAUCAGUUUCCAGUCUGCCUGGUUUUUCAAAAACCUCUACUCCUCGUCGGCAGCCUGCCUUGUCUUCUCCAACCUGACAGCAUGUCAGGCUCUCGGGAACAUGUGUGUGAUGAACAUGCACUCCAUCAGUGGCGUCUCCACCGACGCCUGCGGUCUCUUUAACACCAUCUUCAGAUCUAGAGCUGCUUUCAGCUCAACCCAAGAUAUUUCCUACUGGAGAGUUAAUCUUCCAUGGCUUUACUAUGGGGACGAACCUGGGCUGGCCAGUCGAGUGCUUCAGAACGAUCCUGUUCCCAUUAAGUUUAGUUUCAGAGGAAGAAACAAGAACACUGACAUUAAAUUACUUGCUGCUGUCUAUAAUAUUGGAGGAGAGUUCCUCAGAUGGGAAAAAGUAGGAGGUGAUAAUCUUCAGCUUUGUCCCGAAACCACCGCCAAACGAGCAGCCGCCUUCACUUUUGGAACCGCUUACCAAGAAAGUUGUGAUCUCUCCAUAGCAGAGCUGUUGGGUUCUCAUCCCGAGCCAUUGUUCUAUGAUGUGUUUAUGGAUCUUGGUGGAGGAGAUAACAGAAAACUUCUCUCCCUGCCUACACUUGUCUAUAACCAGCAAUACAACGGGCGGUUCAUCAACCAAGAGAGCAUGAAAAACUGGUACCUUUCUCGGCGUAUGUUUGCUGUCGACACACUGAGCGGAAGAGAGAAGAGCAUAAGUUCAUUGCCCAAAGUCAUCCGUGUAGCGAGUAGUGUCAAAAUAAGGUUCCAGCUGGUUCCACGUACCCAAGAAGGACAGGUUUAUCCUCCUCUAAUGACUGUGACGUACACAGACGUUGCCAUCACGGAUAUCAAUACACAAACUGUGUCUACCACGUUUGCCGUGGAGUAUGAGAUGGAUCAGAAUGAGGCUCGCAUAAAAACAGAUACCGCUCUCGGGGUGCUUGGCGGAUUGGCCCUCAUGUACUCUCUGCUGAAGACUGUCAGCUGGAAGAGGAGGAUUGCCUCCCCCCUCAUUGACGUGGAGACUAUGCUGAAGUUUUUGUUGUUUUAUGCCGGAGAUCUGGCCAAUGUUUUCUUCGCCGUCACUGUGGGAACCGGACUUUACUGGCUUAUCUUUUACAAGGCUCAACAGUUUGUAUCUGUGCUGUUACCACUGCCUGCACAGGAGGAGCAGUUUGUGACGUACAUUGGUUGUGCCUUUGCUCUCAAGGCUGUCCAGUUUCUGCACAAGUUGAUCCUUCAGGUGUCAAUUGAUGUAUUCUUUAUAGACUGGGAGAGGCCACGAAGCAAAACCAGCAGAACUGUGCAAGCUGCUGGGGAGUUGAAUCGUGACCCCUCUUCUGUCAGCAUCUGGAGAACCUACUUUGUGGCCAAUGAAUGGAACGAGCUCCAGACCAUCCGCAAGAUCAGCCCAACUUUUCAGACCAUGGCUGUCCUCUUUUUUUUCGAAGUGUUGGGAUUCUCUAACUUGGCCUUGAGGGACCCCAUGCCUGCUUUACAGCGCUCCCCAGAGGCAUAUACGCCCUCAUACAGCCUGAUGCUGCGCUACGGUCUAGCCGCCACGCUAUGGCUCGGCAUUGGGCUUUUGCAGGUGAUUUUCUUCACUGUGUUUUAUGAGCACUUUGUGGAGGACAAAAUCCGUCAGUUUGUUGAUCUCUGCUCAAUCAGUAAUGUUUCUGUGCUGCUGUUAUCUCACCGUUGUUUUGGCUACUACAUUCACGGACGUUCAGUCCACGGGCAUGCAGACACAAACAUGGAGGAAAUGAACAACAACCUGAACAGAGAAGCGGAGUCCCUGUGUGGUCAGAGAGGUCUACUUCCAAAUACAGAGGUCCAGACCUUUCAGGUGUCCCUCAACAACCGCCUGCGGUUGCACUAUGACAGGAUACGGGAGCAAAUCGGACGGAGAAACGGACGAUCCCGGCUGAUUGACGCAAACUCGGCUAACCAGUUUGAGCAGAGGGCCAGAGGCUACCAGACCAUGAACCACUUCCUGGGAUCCAUAAUAGACCAUGCGCACCAUGAAAUGGACUAUAUAGUGAAGGACAAGCUGAUGUUUGAGAGGAUCAUAGGGAUGGAGUUCCUUGAACCCAGUGAGAAAAGCAUAUUUUAUAAUGAUGAGGCCCACUCCUUCAGUGAUGUACUGUUUUACGGAAAUGAGGCCACGCUGCUGAUCUUUGACACUUUGUUCUUCUGUGUCGUCGACCUCGGAUCUCAGAGCUUUGUUCUUGCUGCUGUGCUUACAUGCGUACAGCAAAUGAUAUUUCGUUUGAUCCGUAACACUCUGGGAAGGAAGAACCUUGUCAGCAAGACUCUGGUGGACGAGAGAUUUCUGAUAUAGAUCUCCCUGAUAGAUAAUUGGUAGUGCUGGUUUGUUUUAUGGCAUUUCUAUCCAAGAUGUUUACAGCUUGUGCAGCUCUUUUUUUGUUAUUUUCGUUUUGUGCACAGUAUUUUUGCUACUGUUUACAUGGUUUUGUAAAUACAAUUUUUGUAAGGAUUUUCAAUGUUUUUUAAAUUAAAAUGUUUUGGUAUCUUGU